AGUACAUAAAGCUCGAUGAUUCCGCUUCAGGAUCCUGUAAUUGCAGAUUUUGACCUUUAAGCUCCUGGUCUUUGACAGAAAGGUGAAGAGGAGAAGAUAUUACAGAUGGCCCUGCAGUGGAAGUUAUUUCCCCUGACUGCACUAGUGCUCUUGGUGCACCAGUGCCUUGGUGAAGCCCCCAGCCUGCAGGAACAUCUGGCCGACUGCCUGAAUGACACGGACUACGCAGAUCUGCUGAGGACAGUAGAGACCGGCCUCCCUCUCACACACACACCGCAGCACGUUGUGAUUGUCGGGGCUGGAAUCGCUGGACUUACAGCCGCCUACUUACUGGAAGACGCAGGACAUAAGGUAACGAUACUGGAGGCCAGUGGUCGUGUUGGAGGACGGGUGCACACCUACAGAGAUGAGAAAGAGGGCUGGUACGCUGAACUGGGAGCUAUGAGGAUACCGAGUUUCCACCUCAUCGUCCGCUGGUUCACUAAUAAACUGGGGGUCAAGCUGAACGACUUCAACAUGGAGGACACCAACACCUUUUACCUGGUGAACGGACUGAGGAAGAGAACAUACGCGGUGAAGGAGAACCCCAACAUCCUGAGGUACAACCUGACGGGGAGAGAGAGAGGGAAGUCAGCCGACGAGCUGCUGGAGCGAGCUCUGCAGAAGGUGAAAGAUGAAGUGAAGGCCCAUGGCUGCAAAGCUGCACUUGUAAAAUACGACCACUAUUCUGUGAAGGAGUACCUGGUGGAGGAAGCUGGUCUGAGUCGAGAGGCGGUGAGGAUGAUCGGGGACUUGCUAAAUGAAAACAGCCUCAUGUACACAGCGCUGUCUGAAAUGAUCUAUGAACAGAGUGCCAUCAGCGAUGACGUCAUGUAUUCUGAAAUCACUGGCGGAUCGGAUCUCCUCCCCCGAGCUUUCCUCAGCGUCAUCAGUGCCACCAUUCACCUCAAUUCUAAGGUCAAACGCAUCCAACAGUCCCAUAGAGGUGUAAUCGUGUCGUAUCAGAUGGGCAACCGACCCUCUUGGACCCAGCUGGCUGCCGACGUUGUCUUGGUAACGACCACAGCCAAGGCAGCCCUCUACAUGGACUUUCUGCCUCCUCUGUCCAUCCAAAAGAUGGAUGCCCUGAGGGCGGUCCACUACGACAGCUCCACUAAGAUCAUCCUCACCUUCAGCGAGAAGUUUUGGGAAAGGGAUGGCAUCAAAGGAGGGAAGAGCAUCACCGACCGGCCCUCGCGGUACAUCUACUACCCGAGCCACAGCUUCGCCAAAAACAAGACCAUCGGCGUCCUCUUGGCGUCUUACACCUGGUCUGAUGACUCCCUCCUCUUCCAAGGCGCGAGUGACCAACAGCUGAAAGAGCUGGUCCUCAAGGAUCUGGUGGAGAUCCACGGCGAGCGCGUCAGGUCCCUCUGCACCGGCGUGGUGGUGAAGAAGUGGAGCGAGGAUCCUUACAGCAUGGGUGCCUUCGCCCUCUUCACACCCUACCAGCACCUGGACUACGCCAAGGAGCUCUUCCAAAGUGAGGGAAGGGUGCACUUUGCCGGCGAGCACACGGCCUUCCCUCAUGCCUGGAUAGAGACGGCGAUGAAAUCUGCGAUCAGGGCCGCCACCAACAUCAACAAGGAGGCAUGCCUGAACACCGGAGCUCAACGGGAGGAACUCUGAGGUCUUGAGGCUGGAAUCACGUGCACUCAACGAUAAUGAGUACCAAUAAUGUGAGAAUUAAUGUGAUAUUAAUUAAUGUAAAAUUGCCUAAGAAUUACCUAUUUUAUUACGCCAGGAGACAAAAUGUAUUAUUUCUGUUGAUUCACCCUUCAACAGCAUCAUAAAACUGUCAUUUCCUUUUUGACUUUAUAAUGAGACUCAUCGUCCGUCAUAAGGUCUUGUAACUCCUUCAUGGCACCGUCCUUCAUCUUUUAGCAAUUAAAAAUCAAAUUUCCCACAGAUAUGGUGAUUUUGUGUUAUGAGGUAGGACAAACCUUACUUUUUGCCCCUUUAGUAUUUGACUAAAACCCAACGGAUCUCAAUCACUGUGAUCUGAAAAGUAAAACAGAAUCUGGGCCGAGCAUUUUCUGUGACGCCUGGUGACUGUCAGUAAUAUUUGGCACAAUUUACACUCAUUCAUUUAUUCAUUCAUUUUUGUAAGAGAGUAAUUAAAGUACUUAAAUGAUUGUUUGCAAUUGUGUUAUAUGUACAUGAGGCAUAUUUAUUUUAUUUUAUUUUAUUUGGACAAUACACAGGUAUGUACUGCUUCAGUUUACUAUACUGUCCUAAUUACCCUCAAUGGGCACUGUGUAUCAAAACAUUAUGAGACUGGUGCAUUUACCAUUUUCACUGAUAAAUUUCUCUAUAUUGUUUGGAUUUUUCAAUAAAGAAGGACCUGGUUGUUAGGACUGUGUCUUUUUACUAUCGGCAAAAAAUAAAUAAAUAAAUA